GUUGGUCCAGCAUGGAUGGGGGUCAGGGGUCAGCUGGGCUGGUGUUUGCUGCAGCAGCUCUUUGGUUCUGACCUUCAGCGUUUCAGAGUUUCAGGAUUUGUUCUGAGAGGAAAAGCAACUUUCCUUCUUUGUGUUUUCACUGCCUCCAUCACUCAAAGCUCUCUCAUCAUGGCCUACCAGGCUGGGAUUCAACGGGAGCCCGCCGCUUUGGUUCAGAACAUCAGCUCCAACAUCCAGAGGAUCACACUACUGACCUCAGAGCUGCAGAGGGCCGUGACCCUGCUGGGGACGGAGCAGGACAGCAGCCAGCUCAGACAGACGCUUCAGCAGAAACAGCAGCAGGGGAACCAGCUGGCCAAGGAGACCGACCAGCUGAUCAAGGCCUUCACCGCCCUCCCCGUCGGUCCCGAUCAGAGGCAGAGGAAGCUGCAGAAGGAGCGUUUGCUCAAUGACUUCUCUGCUGCGUUGAACAGUUUCCAGAAGACCCAACGGCAGGCCGCCGACAAGGAGCGGGAGUUCGUGGCCCGAGUCCGAGCUGGCUCCAGGCUGUCGGGAGGUCAGCCUGAUGACGGCUUCGGACAUCUUCCUCCAAGCAGUUACUCCCAGGUCCAGACGGAGGCUGAAGCCAUCACAGAAGAAGACCUGAGGCUGAUCCAGGAGCGAGAGUCAUCCAUCAGGCAGCUGGAGGCGGACAUCACAGACAUCAAUGACAUCUUUAAGGACCUUGGCAUGAUGGUGCACGAGCAGGGGGACAUGAUAGACAGUAUAGAAGCCAAUGUGGAGAGUGCAGACGUGCACGUCCAGAAUGCCACGCAGCAGCUGGCCCGGGCCGCAGACUACCAGCGGAGCUCCAGGAAGAAGAUCUGCAUCCUGCUGGUGGUUCUGGCCAUCGCCGCUGUUGUGAUAGGACUCAUCAUCUGGGGAGCAACCAAACAGUGACAGCCUCUUCUGCUGACUCAUUGUUCUGCACUGAGCAGAAGUUCUCUUCUCUGACCUGUCCUGAGUCUUUGAUUAAAUUGUGUUUUUGAGAAAUAAUGCUCCGUGCUGACAGGACCGGACACACUGUGCUGCCAAACUCGUGCAGAAAUAAUGCUGACUCAUGGUUUGUCUUAAGUGUAAAGGCUUUGUCAGGAUGGCAGAGUUGAACUGUGAAGCAGCGGGGAAACUCUGAAUCUGAAGGAGCUUCCAGCUGCAGCCGCCUGCUGUUAUCAGCACAGAAAUGCUGACUCAGCGGCAGCCAGUCUGCAAAUAAACAGGAGUGAGGGUCAUAGUUCAGUGUCACUGUAAAUCCAGCACGUUUGAGCAACUUUGAAUUACACUCUGAAACAUGAUAACAAUGAAUUUAUACUUUGAUUGAAGGAUCAGAGCCUGCAGAUUUAAGAAGAAAAUAUUCUGAAUAAAUAUUUUGUCACAUAAGUAUAGAAACCUAAAAAAGAUCAGUUUCAUGUUGGAGCCUCUGUGUUUGUUUUAAACUGCUGAGAGAACAAGCUGUCCUUCCUUCCUAUCAAUCAGACCUGUUACAAGGUUUCAACCUUUAGCAAAGAAGCUGUUGAAAAGUCAGGUUUCGUUUAUCAGAGAUUGUUUUUCUUAGAAAAUUGACGUAUCAUGUAUAUAUCCGAGGAAUAAAAAGAUUAAACCAAAGGCACAAAAGA